AUGACAUUCAUGACAGAGAAAAUGGCAGGCACGCCUUACCAUCUCUUGCUCCUGAGUCUUGGGUUCUCUUUGGUUUAUGUGCUGAUGAAAGCAAUCCAAUUGUAUUACAAGAGACAAACACAGCUCAAGGCCCUUGAGAGUUUCCCAGGCCCUCCAAGCCAUUGGCUGUAUGGCAACAUCCACCAGAUCACCAGCUCCAGAGAAGAACUGAACAUAAUGUUGGAUUGGGCAGAGAAGUACCCCUAUGCUUAUCCACAAUGGCUUGGGGGAUUUUCAUGUAUCUUAAUCAGCAACCAUCCUGACUAUGCCAAAACAUUCUUUGGCAGAGGAGAUCCCAAGGAUAGACUCACCUGUGAGAGCUUGAUUCCUUGGAUUGGUAAAGGACUGCUUGUCUUAAAUGGACCCAAGUGGCACCAGCACAGGCGGUUGCUGACACCCGCCUUCCACUAUGAUAUUUUGAAGCCUUAUGUGGCAAAGAUUGCAGACUCAACCAAGGUGAUGCUGGAUAAAUGGGAAAAGCUGAUAGCACAGGAUCCUACAAAGUCUCUGGAGAUGUUUGACCACAUCAGCUUAAUGACUCUGGACAGCAUAAUGAAAUGCGCAUUCAGUUACAAGAGCAACUGCCAGACUGACAGAGAUCUAGAUUAUUAUGUCAAAGCUGUGUCAGAUCUGAAUUACUUAGCAUUUAAGAGAAUCACUUCGGGAGUGCUGCAAAAUGAUCUGCUCUAUUUAUGUACUCCAUCUGGGCGACACUUUAAGGAAAGUUGCAGGUUGGCACAUCAUCAUACAGAAAAAGUAAUUGAAGAGCGGAAGAAGUCCCUCCAGAAUGAAAGAGAGCUUGAAAAGAUCCAGCAGAAGCGACACUUGGAUUUUUUGGACAUUCUUCUUUGUGCCAAGGAUGAAAAUGGAGUUGGCUUGUCUGAUGAAGAUCUCCAUGCUGAGGUGGACACUUUCAUGUUUGCGGGCCAUGACACCACGGCCAGUGGGAUCUCCUGGCUCCUAUAUUCCAUGGCUCAGCACCCAGAACACCAACAGAGAUGCAGGGAAAAAAUCCAGGAAAUUCUGGAGGAUCGUGAGGAUAUUCAAUGGGAUGAUCUUAGCAAGAUGACAUACAUCACCAUGUGCAUCAAGGAGAGUCUACGCCUGUAUCCUCCAGUUCCAGGAGUGUCCCGACAGCUGAGCAAACCCAUCACUUUUUUUGAUGGACGUACUUUGCCUAAAGACUUUCUGAUUGCAAUCAACAUUCACGGUCUUCACAGAAACCCAGCUAUCUGGCAAGACCCUGAGGUUUUUGAUCCUACACGGUUUUCAGCAGAGAACUCAUCCCAAAGGCAUCCUCAUGCAUUCAUUCCAUUUGCAGCUGGAUCAAGGAAUUGCAUUGGACAGCAGUUUGCCAUGAAUGAGAUGAAAAUCGCUCUUGCUCUGAUACUGCUUCGCUUUGAAAUCUUGCCUGACCCAGCAAAUCUGCCCAUUCCCAUUCCUCAGCUCAUCCUCAAAUCCGACAAUGGGAUACACCUCUUCUUAAAGAAACUCAAAUGA